CUCUCUGUUUCCGGGAAGACAGAAAGUGAAACUGGACAAGCGCGGCUACAGAGCGCCCUUUUCUCCUCCCCUUAAACAGUGUUUCCGCGUUCAUUACUACUAAAGCGGCAUUUGCUCCUUGAGCUAAGUUUUUCUCGCUCUUCUCUGCCGCCGCCCUGAUCCUCAUCCUCCCUUUGUCCGACUCUUGCGCUGCUGAUGAGGACAGACGUCGGGAAACUAACGUUUUCACGACGGUGGAAGGAAGACUGUGAAUCCUCCAGAAGACAUAUCAUCAUGUGAGAAAGACAGUGUCUUUUUACUGGAGAUUUUGUCAUCUCAGACAACUGAUUCCACAUAAAAGAAGUACAUUUAGGUGGCAUCUAGACCUGUGGCAUUACAAUUCCAUUUGUGGAUAUCCAUUAAUCAGAAUUGGUAAUGUCAUCCUAGUCAGAUAUUUGCACACCAGUGUUAUGCAAGAGAUAUAUUGAUGGAAAGCCAGUUCAGUAGUCCCUACCAGAAGCCAUCAGAAUCCUACAAUAAGGAAAUGGCAACACAGAAAGCAGAGGAGUUAAAUAAUGCUGUGAGAUUUGGUUCAAUUGAGACUGUCCGAAAGCUGUUGGAAGAAGGUACAGAUGUCAAUUCAAAGGUGAAGGGUGGCUGGACACCUCUCCAUAGCGCCAUCCAGAAAGACAUGGGGGAACUGGUCCAAUUUCUACUUGAUAAAGGGGCUGACCCACAUGCUAAGAAGGAUAAUGGCGCUACUCCUUUCAUCAUAGCUGGAAUAACAGGCAAUGUGAGCCUUUUAAAGCUCUUUCUUGAGAAAGGGUCAGACAUAAAUGAGUAUGACAACAAUGGCUUCACAGCAUUUAUGGAGGCUGCUUGGCAUGGGAAGGAGGAGGCCUUGAGAUUUUUAUAUGAUAAUGGAGCUGAUGUGAAUUUGGGCAGAGUAACUGAUGAGGAGAAAAAAGCCCUGAAUAAAGGGGGUGCAACAGCCCUGAUGGAUGCUGCCAAGCAGGGCCAUGUUGCUAUUGUUGAAGCUCUAGUCAAAGAAAUGGAGGCUGAUGUGAACACCUGUGACAAUUGGGGGAGAAAUGCAUUAGUUCAUGCUCUCUCGGUAACGGAACCCAGGAGGUGGGGUGAAGGCAACGAGACCAUUGCCCUUUUCCUCUUAAAUAAUGGGGCUGAUGUGAACAAGAAAGAUGAACAUGGGAAAACUACUCUCAUAUUGGCUGCUGAAAGGGAAAGCCAACGCCUGGUGGAGGCUAUAUUAGAAAGAAAUGAAGUUGACAUUGAUGAUGCUGACAGAAACAACAAAACUGCACUGAUGGUAGCAGUGGAGAAGACAAACUGUGAAAUAUCAAAGGUGCUGUGUGAAGAAGGAGCAAGAACAGACAUUGGCAACCUCCUUGAGAUUGCUAAUUCAAAUUACAAUACUGAAUUAACGGAGCUUCUUUGCAAAUAUUGCAAACCACAGAAUCUAAGCCAGCCAAAGACACAGUGGACACCUUCUAGCAAACACUGGAGGUCAAAGCUCCAGGACCUUCAUGGAAGGUAUCGUCCAAUGAUUGGAAAGCUUAAGGUUUUCCACUAUCAAGAUUUUAGGAUUAAGAGAACCUCCCAAGGAGGUGUCUAUCUGGGAUUCUAUGAUGGAAAAGAGGUGGCUGUAAAGAUAUUCUAUGUUGGUGCUGAAAAUGCUGUGCGAGAGAAAACCUGCCUUGAGAAAUGCCACACUAGCAACAAUCUGGUGAAGCUUUGUGGAUGGGAAGAACAGAAGACUUGCCUCUACGUGUGCCUCAGCCUGUGUGAGAAGAACCUUGAGGAGUACUUCCAGAUGGCAGACAACACAGCCAUGGAAAGCAAAGAUGUUCUUAAAACCAUAUUUCUCGCAGUGAAGGAGUUGCACUCGUUUGGAUUUGGCCACCAGGAUCUGCACCCGAGUAACAUUUUAAUAGAUGUUACAGGCAAAAUUUUCCUAGCAGAUUUUGAUAAAAGCAGAGAAGUAGCUGAAGAUAAUAGAGGAGAUGCUAUAAUCUCUGAAGACUUGCAGGCUCUUGGACAUCUUGUCCUGUAUGUUGCAAUGAAGGGUAAAGUCAGCUUUGAAGCCUUGCCUAUGGAGUGCCCAGAGGAAGUUGAUAAUUGUAUGGAAGUGGAAGACCUCAGAACAAGUCUGGGAACUCCUGAUAAAAACAACAGAGUGAGUGGACAGCUAGACCGUUUGAUUUACCAUCCUUAUUUCUGGGACAAGAAGACGAGAUACAGAGUCUUAAGAGAUGUUGGGAAUGAGAGUGAUAUCAAAACCCGCAACACUAAGUACCAUAAGAAUACUAGUGAAAUUCUGGAGGCUUUGAAUCAUGAGGGGGAUCCUUUCAAGGGCUGGCAUGACCAGAUAGAAAAAAUGGUUUGGGAGUCUAUGGGUCCCUUUCGUGACAAGGUCAACAAGAAGCCAGAGAAAAACAAGCAGCGCUAUGAAGACUGUGUGACAGGUUUACUGAAGCUGAUUAGAGAUAUGGGUGAACACUUUGACGAGAAAGAUGAAGAGUUGAAAAACAAAAUUGGAAACCCUGCAGAUUAUUUUCUGACUCAUUUUCCAAAUUUAACACUUUAUGUCUAUCGGAGUUUGUGUAAUACACAUUAUAAUAAACAUUUUCCAAAUGCCCAGUAGCCUUUUCAACUUCAACAAGGGCAGUCAAGAACCGAGAAGUUGUGGAAUGUGUGACCUGGAAUCAAUCUUAGAAUCAGGCCUGAGUUGUGAGAAAAUGACUUGAUGUAAUUACCAAAUUUUUGCUCAACAAAUAUGGGAAACACUUGCAUCUGAUCUCAUGAGAAGAGGCUCCAAGGCCAGCCUACCAAGAUUGCCUGGUAUGGUAUGAAUUAGAUAAAUGAUUUCAAAGGACAACCUACCAAGAUUGCCUGGUAUGGUAUUAAUUAGAUAAAUGAUUUCAGUUGAAUGUUGUGACAAACUAAGUUUUGAAGAAGAAAGAGGCUUGAAUGGCUGCCAGCAUGCUGACCUAUCAUACUUUUUCAGCAGAGAUGUACUCUGUGUAGGUUUUGAAGCUGUGCAGUCAGUAUGAAUUAAGUAGAGAAGUUAGCUUUAUUGUUUUCUCAUGUGACUUCCUUUUUUUUUCUUCAAACUUAUCUGCCUUUUGUUUCAUUUUCUUUAAUAAAUAUAAAAUCUUCUCCA